GCAGCAGAGGGGGCGGAGGCCACCAAUAAUGAUGAGCAUAAACCAUCACUCCAGACCGGAGCAGUGAAAAGAGACACUGUGACCGUGGAGAGGCUGAAAUGUAAGGAGCAUGGUCAAGAGGGUUCGCUCUACUGUAAACACGACCAGCGGGUAAUUUGUGUGGUGUGCGCUGUGCAGGGAGAGCACAGAGAACAUGAGAUUAUCACUCUCAAAGAGGCCUACCUGUGGCAGAAGAGCAAAGAAGGCAUUGACCUGCUGGAGCGCACACAUGAGAUAUCAGAGAAGAUCAAGGCCAAAUGGAUCAGCCCAGAUAUGAGUGUAGAAGAGCUGGAGCAGUAUGUGAACCAGCAGUUCGAUGAGCUGAAUAGGCUGGUUCGCCUGGAGGAGUGGCGUGUCCUGCACCUGGUGGAUCUAAAGGAAGCGUUCCUCACUGCCCAGGCUGCUGAGAAGAUUUCUGAGAUUAGUGUCCACACUGAAAAACUGCAGGAGGAAAUGGAUUCUAUCACACAACAGCUGAGUGAACUGGAUCAGACAGAGCAGAAUGGAGUCGCCCCUAUGUCCCUGGCGCCACUGUUGGCCGCUAGACCAUCACGUCCACCUGAAGCUCUUGUGGAGCGCAUGCCACUGAAUCCUGAUUUGAGGCUAAGGUAAGAGAUCUAAAAUGAUCAGUUUCAGUAACUGUCAGGUACUGUUAAAUAUUACU